AUGUGGCCACAUGAUCCAGACGAAUUUCUGCCAUCACAUAUUGAGCCGGAUGAUGCUGACCAUGGUGAUGCCUGGUACUUUGUGUUUCAUCGCGGAGAGUUGAUCAUCAAAUCAGUCCAAGGUGUACCAGAACCCACAACUGCUGACGAUUUCCGCUGGUUUGAUAUGGAAACGUCCAGCAAACACUUUCUCGGACACUACGGCGACAGGCCCUGUUUUGCUCUCUCUGCAAGUGGUCAGCUGACAGAAGGUUUCCAGACGACUGCGCUGCGUGGCCUGUUGGGACGCACGUCAGCGUCACUGUUUUACCUGGCCGGUCGCGCGCAACAGGUGAUCGAAUGGCACGAAACCCAUCAGUUCUGCGGGCGUUGUGGGAUCCCCAUGGAAGACCAUCCCAACGAUCGCGCCAAACAGUGUCCGAAAUGCCGGCUCAUUAACUACCCGCGAUUAUCUCCCAGCAUUAUCGUGCUGGUGACCAAAGGCGACGAGAUGUUGUUAGCGCGGAACGUAGGCUGGCCGAACGGUAUGUACAGCACACUUGCCGGCUUUGUAGAAGCGGGUGAGUCGAUCGAACAGACUGUGCACCGGGAAGUAUUCGAAGAGGUCGGCAUCCGCGUUACAAAUCUGGAAUACUUUGGCUCCCAGAGUUGGCCCUUCCCAAAUUCAUUGAUGCUUGGUUUCCACGCCGAAUAUGCCGGUGGAGACAUCGUUUGCCAGGCGGAUGAAAUUGCAGAUGCUCAGUGGUUCAAACCCGACGGCUUACCGCAGACGCCUCCCAGAACCGCCAUUUCCGGUUGGCUGAUCGAAGAGUGGAACAGGCGCGGCAAAAAUGCGCAGCAGGGCAAACGUCCAGAUGAUGUAGCCGCUGCUGCGAAAAUCCGCGUGCAUAAAGGCAUCGAUCGGGCUUUGCCGGCCGCUGAAUAUGUCCAGUGCGCACUGCUCAUCUGUAAAGAACAGGGUCAAUUCCGGCUCCGCACCAGUCGCAUCCUGAUCGCCGCUAUCAAGCCAUUGCACAGCCCCCGACCCGAUAUGAGCAUCCAGGAAACCCGCCUGCCAAUCGAACCGUACACGCAGAUCCAGCUCGCCUACCUGUGA